AGUUUAUAGGAAAAGGUCUCCAUGAUUCAACUUCCUCCGUCUGAUAAUGGGCGUUGCCUUUUUGACUUCUCAGAAAGGUGUGGUGAUUUUGGCCCGCUGUGAAAUUUCUCCUCUGACAUCAAUCCUUUCCUCUAACUAAGUUUAAGACUUUCCUCUUCAACCACAAUCAUGUCUGUUUGGGAUGACUUGGACCUGCUCUUGGACUCUCCCUCCUCACUGACUGUGACAUCCAGUGCAAGAGGAACUGUGAAAGACAAGGCAACCUUCAAAGUGGAGGAGGAUGUGUCUGCACUGAGGAAGGCCAUAGAGGGCAUUGGUACGACAGAAAAGACACUAAUCGAGGUGUUGACCCAAAGAAGUAACGCUCAGCGUCAGCUCACUGCUAAGGCCUAUGAGAAAGCAACAGGAAGGACAUUAGUAGCUGACUUGGAGGGCGACACUCACGGAGACUUUGAGGAUCUGUUAGUGGCCUUGGUGACGCCUCCUGCUGUCUACGACUGUCAAGAAGUCAUCAAAGCCAUCAAGGGUGCAGGGACCACAGAGAGUACGCUGACAGAAAUCUUUGCCUCAAGAUCCAACCGACAGAUCAAGGCCCUGUCUGAAGCAUACCUCGCAGAAACCGGAAGAUCGAUGAUUCAUGAUCUGCAGUCAGAGGUGUCUGGGGAUUAUGGCAAAGCACUGUUGAUUCUGGCUGAGGGGAAGAGAGAUGAGAGCACCAAUGUGGAUGCAGCCAAAGCUAAAGCAGAUGCUAAGGCCCUGUAUGAAGCAGGGGAGAAGAAAUGGGGAACUGAUGAGGGAAAGUUUAUUGACAUCCUCUGCCACAGGAGUAUUCCUCAACUUCGACAGACUCUGGUAGAGUACAAGAAUAUUAGUAAGAAGACUUUGCAGGAGAGCAUUGAGAGCGAGAUGUCCGGAGAACUGGAGAAGCUACUAGUGGCUGUUGUUAAGUGUGUGAAAAAUGUUCCUGCCUACCUCGCAGAGAGGCUGUUUAAGAGCAUGAAGGGUGCAGGGACAACAGAGUCCACUCUGAUCAGGAUAAUAACCAGUCGCUCAGAGAUCGACUUGUUGGACAUCAGAGCCGAGUACAAGAAGCUGUUUGGAUACACCCUCUACUCCCAGUUAGAGUCUGAAGUGUCUGGCAGUUUCGGCGACACCCUCAAACAACUAUGUGGCCAAGACUAACUCCUCCAAACUCUUGUGAUGAGAAAUGUGGUGUCAAGAGCAGCUUGCAGAUGGGAGGAAUCGAAUCUAAUGAGGAGGAUGACCAGUCGAUGACCUUUAGCAUUAACAUUAGCUUGAACUAACCAUCUAGAAAUGCUUCUUAAUGUGGAAUUCAAGUAACGUCCAACCAGACAUUGGUGUUUUGAAGUACAGUGCCGUGCAGGCUUAAUGAUUAACACAAAAACACUUAGGAAGAAGACACUGUUGAAUGUCUUUUUUGAACAUUAAAUUGUUGGUACUCCGUGUAAUCUCCACAUUUCUUACGUAUUGUAUCUUGUAUAUUGUAACAGGAAGGUGACCUAAAGUUGCCCAAACACACAAUUAAUUGUCAUAAAUUUCACAUUUAUGAAAAAAAAAAAAAUACUGUAUUCUAUUAUUUGAUGUGAAUGAGCAAAUAAAGACAAGACGACACUGUGGCA